AUGCAGCAGUACUGUGCUUUAAUUGAUGAAGGUAUUCAUCAUUCUGCUACAAGUCACUCUUUGUUCAUCAAACACUUCAAUGGAGGUUUCCUUUUCUUAUUGGUGUAUGUGGAUGAUGUUAUUAUAACCAAUAACAACUUACAAGAACUUGAAGCCGUGAAAGUCGGAUUAAAUGCUAGAUUCAAGUUGAAGGACUUGGGACAGUUGAAAUACUUUCUAGGCCUAGAAGUCGCUAGAUCAGAAAAGGGAAUCUUUGUUUCUCAGAGACCUUAUGUUGCAGCUGCUACAAGAGCUUGGAUACAAACACCUCGGUUCACUCACUUACUUGCAGCACAAAAAGUGCUUAAGUAUGUCAAAAGCAAUCUUGGUCAAGGAUUAUAUUUUGCUGCCAAUACAAAUGUGAAGUUGCCUGCCUAUACAGAUUCAGAUUGGGCAGCUUAUCCAGAUAUAAGAAGAUAUUCCACAAGAUCUUCAGUAGAGGCAGAAUAUAGAGCCAUUGCAAACACAACAUGUGAGAUUUUUUGGCUCUUAUCUAUCCUAAGGGAGCUAAAUGUUGAGCAUGAAGGUCCUAACUACUUCGUUGAUUACAUAACUACUUUGUUUGGGAAACAAGCUACAAGCAAGUGUUCGAAAGGACUUGCAGAUCAGUGUGAGAAUUGUCUCGAAUGCCUUACAGAUCAAUCUAUACUUUGA